UCUUUUUUUCCUAUUAUGUUGUGCGAUCGUACGGCACGGACUUCCCCACCGGUGGCUUCCAGUGCCAUUGAAAUCGCUCCAAACACAACAGCAAGGUUGAGUGGUGCGAUGGACUUUUCGGAUCCGCUGUCUUCUUGCGCGGCGAACCACUCUUCAUCUCCAGUGUCGGAGAACAACAAUUCCUCUCCGUCACCCGUUCUUCAGUCUUCCAACAAACCCAAACUUUCCUUCAGCAUUAGCAGACUGUUGGGAAGCGAAGAGAAUAACAGCCAUGGUGGCGAAGAACAAGACCACAUGGACAAAAAUGAUCAUCAGGACAAUCAUUGCGAUAACGGAGGACCGGACCACCGGCGUGAGGACAGUAGCCGGUCUUCCAACAGCAGCUCUGCUAGGACAACGCCGUCCUCCCCGAUGAUAUCCAUGAGCGGAGGCUGCUGUACAGGACAGUCCUAUUUUGCGGACUACAAAACUUCCAUGCCCAUGAUGACCACCCAGCACUACGACCCCCUGCAGAGCGGGGCUAACGGGACUGUGAUACGUGUGCCUGCACACAGGCCGGCACCACUGACCUACCAGACGGCAGUCAGCUUUCCUUGGGUCGGUUCUCAGGGAAUGGUCAAAGACAGAAUACCAGUGCCUUUCCCUCUGGGCGCAGGUUUGCCCCCAGUUCCUCCCCGGCGGAUCGGUCACCCCUACCAGAACCGAACGCCUCCGAAGCGAAAGAAGCCUCGGACAAGCUUCACACGGAUGCAAAUCUGCGAGCUCGAAAAGCGAUUCCACAAACAAAAGUACUUGGCCUCCGCUGAGCGGGCCUCCCUCGCCAAGACCCUCAAGAUGACGGACGCGCAGGUCAAGACGUGGUUCCAAAACAGGAGGACAAAAUGGAGGCGGCAAACUGCAGAAGAGCGCGAAGCAGAACGACAAGCCGCUAACCGACUGAUGAUGUCCCUCCAAGCCGAAGUCGUUUCCAAGUCCAUUUACGAUCAGACGAGGGAUCCACUUUGCAUCAGCAAUGCAUCCUUGCACGCAUUACAGACUUUGCAACCAUGGGCCAGCGAAAAUGUAGCUGCUGCACACGCCGCUGCAGCAGCUGCAGCUGCGGCAGGACAUCACCCAGGCGAAAGACCUUCCUUCCUAGCACCGCCUCACUCAAUGUCUUCACCAAUUUGCUGAAGAUUUGCCGUGUAAAUGCAUCAGUUCAUUUACACAUUUGAUAGAGUACACCAUUUUUGAUGCAAUACAAUCUAGCAGCUACGCUGAGUCAUAUAAACGAAAUAGUACUGAAUGAAAGUUUGUUUAGUAGAGAUUACAACUGUGGAAUCACAAAAACCUUGAAAAAUCUCGAGUUUUCAA